GAAUGUAAAAUCUGCAAAAUCUAUCAAAAUAUCUGGUCACAGUGGAACAAAUACUGCCAGAUCGUGAGCCUCGUGAUACAACUAACUUGAUAGCAAUGAACUUUGGUUGAAAUAAUUUUUUUACAAUGAAAUGAAAUGGUAUCCUAAUCAUGACUCCCCCCCCUGGAAAGAAUAAUCAUGGCGGAUUUAAACGCUGACGUUGAAUGUAAAACAAGUUUUAAAAUCGAUUAUAAUGUACGAAAGCGUCUUUACGCAGAAACUGCUCAAAGCAGUGAAGAAUUCUAUGGUAUUCUGAUUGGUGAUAAUACAGAUGGAUCUUGUGAUAUUGUAGGCUGCAUUAGAUGUACAUAUGAUAAAAAUACUGAGAAAAGUUUUAGUAAUAGACUUCCUCACUGGAUUCAUGAAGUUGCUGAAAUUUGUACAUUGAUACCUACAGGUUUAAAGAUCUGUGGUGUGUGCUUUGUGUCCCAAAGUAAACCAAUUCUUGAUUCAUCUUCAAUUAGUGAAAUAUUUUCAGGGGCAGAUAUGAAGUCUGAUCUGAUUGACAACACACAGAUAUUAUGGGUUUUGGAUCCAGUCUCAAAAGAGGAGGAAGAUGACAGUGUAUUUGUUUACAAUCUGCUAUCCAAGUCCGUUGAAGAAUCAAAAGUGUAUUUUAAUAAUAUAAAUGAUGAGUUUAUUUCCAAACACAUGACACUAAGAUUGCAUCAUAAGUUUGAUAUUUUAGUGGAAAAAUCAAGUGAUGUAGAUAUUUCUUCUGGUUUAUGCAAGAAAAUCACUCAAUUCUGUAAUAAAUUACAUGAUGCUAUAUUCUACCUUCCUGAGUGCAGAUUAUUAAUUGGUGGAGAAAUGACACAAAGUUCAGGCAAGAAAUGUCAAGACAUUCUUGAUGACAUCAUCAUGAAUGAAGAAGCCUCUAAGGCCAAAUAUAAUCAACGUCUAAAAACACAACUAAAGGAUGUUCUGAACGUCCGACUAGUAAAAUCAUUAUCAAAAGAUGAUACUCUAAAAUGUCAUAAUCAUGCUCCAGUUAUGUUAUAUCAGAAACGUAAGUCCCUAUAUCAUAUUUUAAUCAUGGUCCUAAUAUAUCCCCUUUAUAGCCAAGUUACAGACAACAAACAUUAUUAUCUUGUCAAGUCACCCAAUAUUGAUUUUGCAUUAAAUUAGGCAAACAUAUUUGCAAAAGCG